AAAAAAAAUAAAAAGACAGAAAAGGGACACGACGCGUGAUUGCGCGUGGAGAAUUGGAUGGAUGGAUGGCGGGUCGAGGCUACCGAAAGCUUGUCGGCUCGUUGGUGGCUAUCUACGUCAACGCGCGCGUGACUUUUUGUUGAUGAUGCGAUAAGCUUCCCAAGGUAGAGGUAGCGCUGAUGCUGUCGAGUUGCAGGUUGAUGAUGAUGAUGGCGAUGAUGAUGGAUGGGCAACGGCAACCGUGGACAGAUGAUGGGAGGACGGGGCGGGUCACAAUGCGCAGAAGCUUGGACAAUGGAGAGGAUCCGUACUACUGGGCGGGAAGGGAAAGUAGUCGAAGGGAAGCUUUGCAGUUAACAAGUCCUUGUUUCUUCUGUCUUCGCGAAAGAGAGAAAUUAUUUGAAGGUGAGCGAGACUUGGUCCGAGCGUCGCCUGCCUUCUAUGGAACUCUAGUGAUGUCUUGCGGCUUGUCCGCGGGAGGAGCAAGGAGCCGAACGGAGCUGGGCGCGCUGUAUGGAGGGAUUAGCAAUGAAUGCCAUCCAUCGGCUCUACCUGGCCGGACGAAUGACACUCUGCCUUUGCUCGCUCCGUCAUCACCACCACCCUUACCCAGUCAGCAUGUACACUACGUACGGAGAGGAGAGAUAUAGACGUAUACAAGAACCCAUGUUUCCGCCCGCCACCUCCUCAUGCAUCAGGCCAGAUAUCCAUCAAGAUCCCACGACUCGAUGCCAACAACCAUCGUCCACCGCGACCUGACUGAGCGUGCCAAAACCACCCGGCACAUGUAUCCGCGAACCGAUGGGUGAGGAGGGUUGCUAGGUAACCGAAGAUGAUAC